AUGCCAAAUGCUGAUAGUAAUGAAAAUGUACUCCGUGUGCUUGUGUCUACAGAUAAUCAUGUGGGGUAUGCUGAAAAAGAUGGUUUAAGGGGUCAAGACUCUUUUCGAACUUUUGAGGAGAUUCUACGUCUUGCUGUUUCACAUAAUGUGGAUUUUAUUUUGUUUGCCGGUGACAUUUUUCAUGAAAGUCGACCUUCUAUGCGGUCUUUACAUGAAGUAAUGCGUUUACUUCGUAUGUAUUGUUUGGGAAGUAAACCAGUUCAAUUUGAAUUUCUUAGUGAAGCCAAGACUAUAUUUGCUAAUACAGCAUUUCAUACUGCAAAUUAUUUAGAUGGUAAUCUAAAUGUUGGGAUCCCCGUGUUUGCCAUUCAUGGAAAUCAUGAUGACCCUUCAGGUCCUGGUGGCUUAUGCGCAGCUGAUUUACUGCAUACUGCUGGUUUGAUAAAUCUUUUUGGAAAGUUUUCUUCAGUAGAACGGGUCGAUUUGACUCCCGUUCUACUACGCAAGGGAAACACUCGUGUGGCUUUGUAUGGUCUUGGAUCUGUUCGAGAAGAGAGGCUUCAUCGGUUGUUUUUAAAUAAUAAUGUCACUUUUUACCGUCCUACUGAGUGUGUAGAUGACUGGUUUUCAAUUUGUACAGUUCACCAAAAUCGUGUUCAUCACGGCCCUACAAGUUAUCUGCCUGAAAACUUUCUCCCAGAUUUCCUUGAUCUUGUUAUUUGGGGCCAUGAACAUGAAUGUCGUGUAGAACCAGAAUGGAACUCUUCUAAAAACUUUUAUGUUGUUCAGCCAGGGAGUUCUGUAGCUACUGCUCUAUCUGAAGGUGAGGCACAAAAUAAAGCUGUUGCAUUAUUGGAAAUUAGAGAAAAAGAGUUUAAGGUUACACGUCUAUCUUUACGUACUGUCAGACCAUUUUUAUUUAAGGAUCUAAUUUUACAGGAUUAUGCGCCAAAACUAGAUCCAAAUGCAUUCGAUAUUGUUAAGCGAAUUGAGUCAAUAUGUGACAAACUUAUUGAAUCAGAAAUAAGCAAGGCUGUAAAUUGUUCAUCUGAAGCUUUAGCAAAUGAACUGAACGUUGAUGCGAGUAAAUCAACCAGUGCUACAGAAUAUGAAUGUAACGAAAAUAUCAAGAUAACAUCAACUCAACGACUACUUCCCCCAGUUGAACCACUUAUACGUUUACGCGUAGACUUAAGCGGUGGAUUCGAAUCAUUCAGUGGACUUAGAUUUGGUCAAAAAUUUGUCGGUCGUGUGGCCAAUCCGAAAGACUUAAUUGUUUUUAAUCGAAAUCGUGAAAAAUUGGCUGCUGCGCAAGCAAAUCGCGCUUUAAAAUCUGGUUUACAGAACAGUACGAUUUGUAGUGAUCCAGAUGAAAUGGAAGUUGAAAGUAAAAAAGUUGGAUUAAAUUCUGCUGAAGUUGAAGAGCUUGUACGUCAUUAUCUUCUACAAAUGGUUGAGAGUAAAGGACAAAAACCGUCAGAAGAGUUAACUUGUGGAUUGAGCUUAUUCACUACACGUGAACUGGAACGUGGACUCAGACGAUAUGUAGAUCGGGGUAUUUCCGAUGCCAUAAAUCAUAUCUCAUCAUCUGUUUUGAACAAAGCUAUUCGACAUCUUAGAUUGCGUAAAGCUCCAGAAGAACGUAUUAUCACUGAUAUUUUAACCUUUUGCUGUACUCGAAGCGCUAAUUCUACACAAAAUGAGGACAGUGAUAAAGAAGAAAACGAAGACAAGUAUAGCCCUAUAAAGCCAUCCAGUAAUCCAAAAGUCGAAACUUUAGCAAAUACUAAAUCAACGGGAUUACAGGAAUUAGAGUGGAGUCUCGAGGACGAUGAAGCUGAACAAAUACCAAAACACAGUAAUCUAACCCCAGAAAAAGUCCGAGUAAACAAAGUCAGUGGUAAAGCAACAUUGCAAACAAAACAAGCAACCAAUAAAAAGUCUGUGCCGAGCUGUCAACUUAUACUACAAACGAAAAAUGAUUUUGGAUUUGAUUCUGACCAGGACGAGGCGACAACACUAGCGGAUAUGGUUGAAGACGUUUCCACCGACGACGACAUAAGUUCAUUAAAUGAAGGUAAAUCUUCCAAGCAAAAUUAUGUAGGAAAAAGCUCAGUCAAUCCACUGAAUGAAGCAUUACCAAAAACUAAGCGAAGUGGGCGCGGACGUGGCGUACGAACUGAUUCAGUUUCUAGUGGUUCAACUAGAGGCAGAGGAAAUAAUCGUAG